GUGCCCAUAUUUGGUCGCUCAUCUGGGGAAAACGUGAGCUUGGCAAAGCGUCUCGAAGGUCUAAAAAUGAGCUUUUCUCUGUCGCCGGUCACAAGAAAAACCUUCAAAUCUUCACCGGCGACUUGCUGACACGCCCGAGCCGAGUCGUGGUGCCGCGGAGAGCAAGUCUGAGCUGCGGCGACAAAACAUUCGAGAGUCGACAACUGCCCGGAGGAGACAACACAGUGUUGCGCCAUGACGACGCUGCUGGACCUGAAGAGUAGCGUCUUGCGCCAGGUGCAAAGGAGCCAGUCGCUGAGGAGCCGCAGGGAGUCGCCGCCCGCUGCCGGCAGCCCCCUUAGUCACUGCCCGGAGCCGUUAUCCCGAAGAAUUUCUGAGGAGAGCAUGGAGUUCUUUGAGCGUAUGAACACUAUUCUGCAGAAACAGGAGAACAUGCUGCAGGCCGGCCAGGCUGAGUGCCAAAGAGGAGCCUGCACCGUGCCGCCGCCACAAGAGCACGUGGACCAGGCCUUUAUCCACGACAGAAUCACCAGGACAGAGCUGGACUUGAUCUAUGAGGAGGUUGUGUACACUCUGGUCAACAGAGUAGGGGUGCCCUCAUCAGAACAUGUGACGAGUGACGAAGAGCUGUUUGCCUACCUUCGGAAGGUUUUUGAUAUGGGCGAGGAGGAGCAUGACAUCAUACUUCAGAAAGUGCAAGAAUCCAAGAGAGCCACAUUUUCCUUGAGAGCUUCUGUCUUGAAAGCCAAGAAUCUGCUGGCUAAGGAUGCCAAUGGCUACAGCGACCCCUACUGCAUGCUGGGAAUCCUGGAGGGCCAGAGCCCGAGGGAGUCUGAGGAGAAGAAGGAGAGGAAGUUCAGCUUCAGGAAAAGGAAGGACAAGCUGGAGAAACGGUCCAGCACCAAGGAGGCCCUUCCGGCUAGGUGCAUCCAGGUGACCGAGGUCAAGCCAGAGACCCUCAACCCGGUCUGGGACGAGCACUUUGUCUUUGAAGUGGAUGACGUCCAUAGUGACUUGCUACAUUUGGACAUUUGGGAUCACGAUGACGACGUCUCGGUGGCCGAGGCCUGCAAAAAGCUCAAUGAAGUCAGUGGACUUAGAGGAAUGGGAAGGUAUUUUAAGCAGAUUGCAAAAUCGGUGCGUGCUAAUGGAUCAUCGUCAUCCGGCUCCGAGGAGAAUGCCGACGACUUCCUGGGAUGCAUCAACAUCUCUUUAAAUGAGAUUCCCAUUGGCGGCUUCGACACUUGGUUCAAACUGGAGCCUCGCUCGAGCGCCUCCAAAGUUCAGGGCGAAUGUCACUUGAUACUGAAGCUGUACACAAGCCAGAGAGACACGACGCUGUCGAAGAAAGAGUCAAAUGUGUCCGUCCACAAGAAACUGCUGAGUCAGAUUGUAGAGCAUGAGCACGCUCAUGUCAAGCGUGAGCCGUACAACUGGAACGGGCAGGUCAGCCCCCCGGUGUGGACGGUGCUGACUCACCAUGCUGUGCAGACGGACCUCACCCGUCUCCAACAGUCCAUUAUUCGCUGGCAGUGCUACAGCGGCCAUCAUCGAACCCAGCGGGUGUGCUACUCCCUGCUGCUGCGCCUCCUGAGGGCCAUCGAUGCAGAGUGGGACCCUCCCUCUGUGAGAGGAGACCUGGAGAGGCAGCUGUCAGACAGCUUCAGGCUGUACACAGAGCACUGCCUGUGCCUGAUGAAGAACAUGCGACAGGUUUUCCCCUGCACCAGCGCCGCCGCCAUUACGCGCUACGAGCUCAUGCUGAGAGGGAUCGGCUACAUGCAGAACAUGCGGGCGUUUAAGAGCGUUUGCCCCCUGCGUAACGAGCUGCACUUGGACAUCACAUCUGCCGUGAAGAAAGGAACCUCUGAGUGGUACGAGGGCUUAAUCGCGCAGUACAAGCCAGAGGAUGGGUCGCUGGAGGAGCAGCUGAAAAAACUGGUUGUAGUGGUGGACGCCGUCUGCGCAGACAUGCAGAGAGCUCAGAAUAUCUACAACAAACUCUUCUACAGUGCGGUCAAAGUGGAUUUCUUCAGUGUGACCUACAGGCAGCUGGAAAAGCUGGUGGCCGAUGAUGUCAACGUGGCCAUGGAGAGGCUUUGCGGCACUCUGGAGCAGGAAAGUUCCAGACUGACUCAGACGAUGGGCGAGACUGUCUUUGAGCUUUUCGUGUCAUUGAAGAGCCUCAAGGGCUUCCGGGAGUUUCUUCCUCUCAAAGAUGCAAAGAUGUUGGCCUUGACAGUAUUCCACAACUGGUUCAAGUCGUCCAUUCACAAGUUCCUGCAGAUUGUUCACGACAGGUCAUGUGACAGGAUCUGCAAAGCGGUGGAAACAGACAAGAUAGAAGCAGUGCAGCAGGCCAAGCACAGUUCCUCGGCGCUGGAAGUGACGUCCUGCUUCCGACAAGUCCGAGAUAUCUGGCUCCAGCUGGCCUGGCCGGACUCUGCGGGCGCUUUCAUCUUUGUCACCCGCUUGACAGACAACUUUUGCAGCGAGGCUGUGUACUACUCGGAGAUGCUCACGCGCAAGAUUGAGAGGAGCCAGCUGGGCCGGGACCACAAUAGCUUCAUAGUGCAGCUAUGCGUGGCCCUCAAUGACGUGGAGCACGUACGCGUCUUCCUGGGUCACCUGCCCCGCGACCUGGACUGGCCGGGCGUGGAGCGCGCCAUGGAGGAGUCGUGCGGCGCCGAGGGCAAGGAGCAGGUGUUCAAGGCCCUCAACGGGCAGCUUUUCAACAUGAACCUGGACCUGCAGAAGGAAGCCAAGCAUCUCAUCGCGCUGCUCACGGACAAGAUGGUGCCUGAGUUGCGGCGUUACAUCCAGCACAUCAGCUUGUCUCCUGACUCCAUCAACAACGACGUCGCCGUCGCCCCCCUCAUGAAGUACCUGCAGGACACCGUGGUCAUCCUCACCGACACGCUGGUGAAGGACAACCUCACCCGGGUUCUGCAGAGCUUGUGGGAGCUGCUGGUGCGCAUGAUCCUGGACUCUGUCACAGAGAACCGCGGCGUUCAGGUGGAGUUCUACAACCGCUUCCAGUACACUGUAGAGACCUUAUUGCACUUCCUCCAAGAAAACGGUCUGUCCCUAGAAGAUAUGAAGAGUGGAGACUACAAGGCCCUGGAGGAGGAGCUGAAGCUGAACAAAUGUUCCUCCUUCGAAUUGAUCGAACAGUACUACCUGGAAAAGAUCUCCCUGCAGAAAACCCUCAAACACACACGCUUCGGUCGGAUCAGUGUCAAGUGCUACUACGACGCUCCAGAGCAGAGGCUGACCGUAGAGAUUCUGCACGCCGCCGACAUCAUGGCACUGGACGCGAAUGGCCUGAGCGACCCGUUCGUCAUCGUGGAGCUGUGUCCGCACCACCUCUUCCCGCUGGCCAAGAGCCAGCGCACGCAGGUGAAGCUGAAGACGCUGCACCCCGUGUUCGACGAGCUCUUCUACUUCCACGUGAGUCCCGAGCAGUACAGGCACAGAUUCGCCUGCUUGACCUUCACCGUGAUGGACUACGACUGGCUGUCCACCAACGACUUCGCCGGCGAGGCCGUGGCCCCGCUCAGCGACUUCUGCUGGCCGGGGAGGCCCAACGCCACAGCGGCUGGGAAGAGCGUGCAGCCCUUCAUCCUCCAUCUGUCUCGCAGCAAACCCAGCGAGAAGCCGAUCAUGCGGAUGCUGGACGCUCGGCCGGGUGACAGGGAGGCUCAGGAGUUUGUCCGCAGGCUGAAAGAGAUUGAGAAGUCCAUGGAGGAGGAGUAAAAAAACCAACAAAAAAAACGCCCUGGGCCAACGCUUAUCGAUGUUCUCUGACCACACGUCGCCACCUGUGCUCUUGUAACGGUACUAUGUUUACAAUUUUUGGGUCAUAGUUGUUGUUGUUCUUGUUGUUGUUGUUCUUGUUGUUUUUUUUUACAAUAUUCCGAGUCAUUGUUUAGUAUAUAUACCAAAAGGAGGAUUCAUGAGGGGGAUCCUACACAUGACUAUUUUUUUGUUACGUUAUCUUUGUCGUAUAUUUGAUAUGAUAGAAUUCCAAACUAUUUUGUGGAAGUAGCACUCAGUCAAAGUCUGAAUCUUUACCUCACGUGUGUCUAUGGGGGUUUGCGAUCGUGUUCGAUGGUUAAGUGGGAGGAAGUGUCUCACGCCACAGCUCAGGGUACAAACGUUUUUGGGGAGAAUCAUUGAAAAUCUUUCAGCUUUGAGUGGUAUUUGUAAUAGUAUUAAUUUAAAUGGAUUGUAUCAAUAAGUAUACUAAAUUUAAAUGUCAACAGCAAAUUAGUGACGAGCCUGUUAUGAGACUUUAGUAGGAUUUUGUCCAAAAAGUCAUUCACUUUGAAAAAUGUUUCUUUUUUUUUUUUUUUUUUUAAUUGACGAAUGUUCCAGAUUGUGGAAUAUUAACGAAUAAAUAACUUGUUAAUAUUUCAUAAUCCAAACCACUUUGAAUUUUUUUGUAGCAAAAUGUUUUUAAGGGUAGUGCGUCGAUUAUCAUUGUGGAACGGGUCUGUAUGUAUUUUAGUGCAAUUUCUUACUAAACACUUAUGUUUGUAUGAUAUCUUAAUUUUGAUAUACAGUAUUUAUUCAUUUAUUUAUUAUUAUUUUUUUAAUUGAGUGGAUGCCAACAGCCUUUUAGAAUUUAGUAGGAUUUUGUGCAAACAAUAAUACACUAAAAUGAGUUCAAACGCUUCAUUUUGUUUAUUGAUGAAAAUUCCAACUUAAUCAGUAUGAAUUAAUACAUUAUUAUUGGUAAUUUAUUAGUAUUACACAAUUCAAACCACUUUGAAAAUUUUGGGUUGCAAAAUGUUGUGUUUUGAAGGUAGCGUGUCAGCCAUCUUUGUGGAACCGGCGCGUUUGCCAUUUUGUGCAAUUUCCUUGUGAAAUAUGACAUGUUGCGCAUUUUUCCAUUUAGUGUUUUUUCUAAGUUACUUUUAAUCAUUUGAAGACUAUUAUACUGUUUAUAUCUACGAAUUACUAUUUUACUCUUUAAAAAAUACGUCCAAAAAUCAUAGCGGACGUCGACGCCAAUUAGCGACUCACACGCUGGAGCCGGUUAUCGUGAGGAGUUUUUUAAUUAAAUUUUUUGGGGGGGAGAAGUAAUACAUUGGAUGUUCUGAAUUUAUUACUACAAAAUAAGAUGAUAAAAGAAAAUGUCUGUAGCAAAAUGAGUGUUUUAUAGUAAUUAAGUCUCUCUUUACUGCCAUCUUCGUGGAAUUGACCUGCCACAUUUGUGGGUGCUUUGAAAAUGGUCCAGUUUUGACAUACAGUAUUAAGGUGUUAAUAGCUUUGUGCAAUUUCCUACUAACUUGUUAAAAAGAUCCAGUCAAGCUCUCAAACUACGUUUAGUUUUUACCAAUAUAAACACUUUAGUUUAUUUUUAAGUUUUACUUGAACACAUUUUAUUGGACGUAUAACUUCAGACGUUAAUGUUUGUCUUCAUCUUGCGAUUUUUCAAACAUGCAAAUUUGGACGGGGUCAUUUCAUCAUGUCAAACAGACGCCAAACAAUAGUUGAGUCAUAAUGUAUUUUUAAUCUGCGUUGUGUUAAAAUAAUGACUCAUUGCUUCGUGUACAACUACCUGAAAGGAAUAAAAUUUCACCCUGAAUGACAGCGCGGGUGCGCAAGAGUCAUUUAGAGAGAAACCGCAAGCUCUAGUAAGUGCAGCUAAUAAGUUCAUGAAGCAAUCAGAUAAAAGGACGCUGAAUGAUGGAUGUGAAGUCGCGAGCCGUGCAUUAGCGAUGCAGACAGCACUUAGCUUGACUCUUCUGUUGUUAGUGCUGACGUCUGUAAAUAAAAAUGCACAGUACAAUUAUUACAAAGAGCAUGUUCUCGUGAGCAUUUAGUAGGAAUUCGUCCAAAACGUACUCUGAAAUUAGUGGAAAAUUAACUUCUUUUUUUUUUUUCAAGAAAAGGAUUGAUAAUCAAAACUGGUCAAAAUAUAGCUUGCAUUACAUUUUUUUCAUAUAUAUAUUAAAGUGACCAAAUUUGGACAUAGGAGUUUUCCCCCCAACAGCGAUGGUAUAUAAAAUAAAUUAAUUCAUAUAUAUAUAUAUAUAUAUAUAUAUAUAUACACACACACAAUUACAAUACAUUACAAUAUACAAUUCACAAUAACAUUCAUAUAUAUAUUUAAAAAAUACUACUAAUUAAAAUAAAAUGGAUUAUCGCAUUGAUAUCCAAGACAGUGAGAUGGUGCUUAACUUUUUGUACAAUUUCCUACUAAAAUCAUUGCGGGAGUAUUUUUAUCAGUGCAUGUGCAAACUUCCCGGGCACCUUCAUUAAAACUUUAGGAAACAAAUCAUCACAUCAAUCUGAGAGUUGUUUUAUUGUGAAGGCACUGUCACGCUCUAAAACACCUUUUACCAUUUUAUUCACAUAAAAAUGGGAUUAAAGUUAACUGAACUUUAAUCCCAUUUUUAUGUAAAUAAAAACAAUAUAAACAAGCUAAAAAACAUGGAAGCAUUUCUAAAAAGCAUUUAGAAGGGCACCUCUCUGAUGAUGAGGAAGAGGAGGAGGAGAACCUGGGAGGGGAAAAAGUGUAGCAGGUAAACAAAACAAAAAAUGCACCGACAGCAUUUUUAAUGGUGUUGUAGACGCUUACAGUAGCUCCUCGUAAGUGUUGUGUAUUUUUAUUUGUUUGUUAAUUCUGUGGAGUCGCUAUGGGUGAGAAGGAGCAAGGAACCGUUCAAUUCAUCCUUGGUUGAACACAACACAAACCGAGGAUACGUUUCUUUGAAGCUUUUGGUCUACGAAACAACAUCAAGUCGCAUUCGGGUGGGUUCGAAGGUGUCUUGUGGGGUAAAGCACCUUGUUAUCGUUGCAGUGACUUCUUUGUCCUUGAAUGUGUAAAAGCCUGCGUUGAUGUUUAUUAGAUGAUCGAUACAUUUGAAAUUUGUCAAUGGACUUGAAAUAAAUGGUGUUUACAUUUCAA